AUGUGCUCUCUCUCUCUCUCUCUCUCUCUCUCUCUCUCUCUCUCUCUCUCUCUCUCUCUCUCUCUGAUAAACUGUCUUUUAACAUCACCCCCCCCUGAUAUGUACAACCUCCCCUUAUUACGAUCAGAUUUAUAUCCGCUUUCUUCAUGUCACUUUUCUUACACAUUAUACAAUGGACACAGGCUACGAUUUGUUUUCUCUACGUCUAGUCUCUCUCUAAUCCCUCACAAACAUUUUCUUUCUCAUACGCACUAUCUAUAUCAUUCUCUAUCAGUUUGUUUUUUCCCCGUCACUUUAUCUCUCAUCUCUCUCUUUGUCCCUUACUCUCUUUGUCUCUUUUCACUCUUUCUUACUUUCUCUCUCAUACUCGCUUACCCUUUCUUACACUAUUUUUCUAUUUCUCUCUCACUCUCACACACAAAUAUACUCGACUUUUCAUUUUCUUUGUAUUUCUUUCCCUCUUACUCUUUCUCUGACUCCCUUUCUCACUCAUUCACUCACUCACUUACUCCCCAUUCUCUCUAA